UCUGUCCUGAACUCUGCCUGUUUUGGCUGUUUGAAAAAGCCGAGAAACCUUCCAAGUCUCCACCAAAUUGCCUGUGGAUGAAGUGUCAUGUAGCUUAUCAGGAUGUGGUUUUACAGUAACAAUGAACGUGAUAGAAUAAAUGGGAAGUGGCAACCUGUUGACAGCGAUACCUGUCAAGUAGUAUCAUCCCGUGGACUUGGGUUGCUACAUGGUAGGAAUUUGAUUUGCCAUCUUGCAUGCUUGCAUGUACGUCGUUGCUGGAUGCAGAGAUGUCCUUUCUAGGGUUGUUGACUUUUGGAAGCCAAUCACUAGGAGGGGCCCACUAUCUACUGGCACAACCUGGACUCCCAGUCUUGAAAGUGGCUCAGUCCCCAUUGUAAGCCACCACUAACCAAAGGGAGUGAAUGGCUGGUCUAGUGUGUGUGGCCUGUAAGUUCGGGAAAAAGGAUUUCUAGGGUGACAAAGGAAUUGAUGAGGUCAUACUGCCUUUGGGUUGGGCAGGACGCUGCAGCUGUAGCAUUGGUCACCACAGCUAUAUCCCCAUGUCAGUCCAGUAAGUAGGAGUUGUCUAGAUGUGUUGGAUAAGCCCCAUGUAGCCAGAGUAGCCAGCUGUGGGCAUGCUACUUGCUCACAGUCCCAUUGGCAAAGCAAGAUCUGCACCCAUAGGUUCAUUCAGCUGAAGAACAGUGAGGCUGAAGGGCUACCCGUUGAGCUCUGCAUGGCCAGGGGAGCAGGCACUUCACAGUGGUUGCUGCAAUUUGACUUUGUAGGAAAUAUGAUUUUGACUGGUUUGCCCAGUUUGGGCCUUCAGUUGUUAUCAUUUCCCUACCAUGUGAUCUAGUUUUCACAUCAACUUUCCGUGACAUCUUCUAAGUCUCCAUCUCCAACACUGGCCUUUCUGAUCACUAACCUCCUGCCUCUAGUUGUUCUUUUCACUUUGUCAUGGAUUGCUUUGAUACCAAGUAGUUUGAUCCAAGCCAACUCUAGCCACAGUCCAUGCCAGAACAAUCUCUAAAGUCACCUUGGUGCCUGUCUUAGGUCUUCAUGCAUUUCUCAGCAAGCCUUGCAACCUGAUUCCAACAGCAGACCUUUUCUCAGAAACUGCAACUUAAAAGUUCAGGGCCAAGCUACCUGGUGAGCCUUUUAAUUCGUCCCCCUUUCUAAUUUGAUCACUAGUCUCACCCUCUUAGUAGUUUUCUGGACACAGAAUUCUUUAAAUUGCAAGAUACAAAACUGACUUAGUACAGACUUAGGCCUGCUUAUCUGUGUGGCAAAGGAGCUAUACUGCUUCCUAGUUGUGUGACCUUGAGCAAGUUGUUUAACCUUUCUGUCACAGUGCUAGGUGAGUUGCAUAAAGUCCUUAGCAGGGUUGACUGCCAUUGCUACCCAUGGACCAGUGAUACCACUGUUUUGACCCCUUUUGUACAGUAUCCUGUUUCUCAAGAUAAAAAGAUAAAAAACAAAGGCUUGCUGACAUUUCCCCUCAUAUACUAUCCUAGCUUGGCCACACCAUGUCUCUGCCCCAGGGUUUUUGCUUUUCCUCUAGGUGUCUUCUACAAUGACCUCCUUUUGCCCUUGUUAACAUCUGGCUCUAUCUGUUGCAUCCUUAGGUGGGUACUUUUGGAAACUGUUUCCUGUUUCCCAGCUUUUUCCCCCCUUGCUUUGUUUUACUAGAAUAUUUGUCAUCAUAUGACAUCAUAGAUACUUUUCUUGUUAUUAUCCAUCUUCCCCACUGAUAUGUAAGCUCUGUGAGGCAGUGUUUUGUCUGUCUUGUGCUUAACACAUAUUAAUGCCUUAUGGAAGGCAUUCAUCAAAUAAUUGAUUAAUGAAUUUAGUAAGCUUACAGAGGGAAAAAGUCAGAAAUUUUUCUAGGACUGUCUGCUGCUGAGUCCAAGAGCUAGACAAUUUUCCUGCUACUGCAAGAUGUGUACCUACCCUUUUCAGGGCCUCAGGGUCCCACCUGUGCUGUGUAUGUCUUUAAAGCCCCCAUUGCCCUUAACACUUACUAAUGUCUUCAUUUAUUGUUUUCAUUUUGUAGUUCUACACUGACUUCUUAGCUUUUAACAUGUAGCAUGCUUCCCCAUCCUGUACCACUCUUUGUCUCCAACUCCUGACUCUGAGUCUUCUUCCUAAUAGCAUAUUCUAUCUGAGAAAGCACAGAUUUGACUUCCUAUGGUCUCUGCACAACUACCAGACCCCCGUCCUGGUCUUAUUUAAGAUCUGUUAGAACUAAGUGUGUUGACCUGUCUGCCCUCUGCAGUGGUCCUUUGGUUGCCAGGAAACUAACUUUGCCCCUUUGGGUCUCCCUUCUGGCUCCUUAGUGAUUGCUGUUCUUUUCAGUCAUUCCUAAGCACCUUUGAUGCCAACACCUUUAGAGAGGUAGUUUGUUAAAUUCCCAUUGAGUUGACCACUGUUAGGCUAUUGUAGGUUCUAGGAAAUAAAGUGAUAGUAUUGCUUGACCUGCCAGCUAUGUCCAGGCCCCAGGAUCCUUGUCUCUUGUUAGUGAUAGCACCUCUCAGAGUAGACUGCAAGUGAAUAUUUAAAUAAGUUAAUUUAACCUAGACAAGCCUAUGGCUUUUAGGUUGAACCUUCAGCAAGGCAUAACCACCCCACUGAAUCCCUUCAUUAUAUGCUGCUUACAUAGAUGAUGUCUUCCGUCUCUUGUUCUCUCUGGGGUCUUAAGAAUGUGAGUUGUGGGGGCUGGAGAGAUGGCUCAGAGGUUAAGAGUACUGGCUUCUCUUCCAGUGGUCCUCAGUUCAAUUCCCAGCAACCACAUGGUGGCUCAGAACCAUGUAUGGUGGAAUCUGAUUCUGGUAUAAAGGUGUACAUGCAGAUAGAGCACCAUAUACAUAAUGAAAUCUUUAAAAAAAAAGAGUUGUGUAGGUGCAACCAAGCUGUCACCCAUGGGCAUGGUCGUGUGUGUAUAUCUGCACCUGCACCAGUGUGCAUGGCAUGUGCAUGUUUCCGUGCAUGUGGGAGUGUGCAUGUGUGUGCGCACGUGUUUCUGUCUAUAGCCUUUCUUUAUGUAGACCUCUGGUUUUGUGGCUAGCCUCUGAUCUGCCUUCUCUGUUGUGUCAUCCCUCUUUUUACGCAUCCUCUGUAGCAGAGCUUCCUAGGAUUAUAUCCUUCCCUCUUGUGGUUUUGGUGCUUACUCCCAGUUCGUGUGGUUGUCUCCACCAGACCUCUUCAGGGCUUCAGAGUUGUGUGGCCUGAGUACUUGUGAGACAGGGCUGCCUGCAACAUCCCUCUAUUCUUCUCUCUAGGCUUCUGCCUAGGUACCAGAGUGUGUCUGCAGAGAAGCCUUUUUCUUCACCUCCUUUUUUCUCCUUUCCACCCUAUAGGGUCUGCAAGCAUAGACCAUUCCUGUGACACUUUCUUACUGUUUCCAGAGCUGCUUCUACAUCUUUGUUUUGGAGAACUGUCCCAACACCUGGUGCAAUCACCUAUACCUGGUAUAGCUGUGAGUCUUCUCUAUAAGGAGAGUUGCUUCCCUCUUGGUAGCUCACUAUCCUCAGCCUAGAGCACCCAGGACCCUUUCUGCCUUGACUCUAGCUUUUUCCUGUAUUGCCCUGCCUACCCCCAAUAUUAGGCUCCCUUCCCAACAGACACCCUCCCUCUACUGGGAAUGGAUCUAUGCUGCCACUCCUGGUGACCUCAGCACGCUGCAUCACUGUCCUGUCCACGUGCCACGUUGUGGGCCCAGGAGAGGGGGUCCAUGGGUAGCAGAGUGCCUGGCCAUAUCUCUGAGGUCCCUAGUGCCACAGAGUUGAGCUGAGGGUCUCGCUCACCCUCUGACUGACUGACCCAGCCCUUGAAGGUGGAAGAAGAAAGGUGCCACUUUGGCAUGAAGAUAGACUCACUUAGACGCCAAUCUUUUAAGCUGAGUGCAUUGUGAUUUCCAAUAAUUGAGGCAGUGGUUCUAAAAGCUGUCUACAUUAAUGAAAAGAGCAAUGUGGCCAGCUUGACUAAGCCGCCAGUGUGUGCAGCGCGGGCAGGACGCCACCGGGUCUCGACGGACUUGUGCAUGUUAGCAGUAUAGAUUUAUGUAAGGUGGUUUAAAACUCUGGUGUUUUAAAAUAGUCUUAACUGCUCAUAAUAUGGAGACAUAUGAGAGUCCCUCUCCUCUCCCGCGUGAGCCCGCAGGAGAAGCGAUGAUGGAGAACCGAGCUUGCCCCUUCCAAGUGCUGCCCCAUGAACAGUCUCCACCACCUCCCCUGCAAACGUCCAGUGAUGCAGAGGUAAUGGACGUUGGCUCUGGUGGUGAUGGACAGUCCGAACCUCCUGCCGAGGACCCAUUCAACUUCUACGGAGCUUCUCUUCUCUCCAAAGGAUCCUUCUCUAAGGGCCGCCUCCUCAUAGACCCGAACUGUAGUGGCCACAGCCCACGCACUGCCCGGCACGCACCCGCAGUCCGGAAGUUCUCCCCAGACCUUAAGUUGCUUAAGGAUGUAAAGAUUAGUGUGAGCUUUACUGAGAGCUGUAGGAGUAAGGACAGGAAGGUGCUGUACACAGGAGUAGAACGCAGCACUCGGGCUGAAUGUAGCCUGCUCCUUAGUCCUGUCAGUGGGGACGUGCAUGCUUGUCCCUUUGGCGGGAGUGUUGGUAAUGGGGUAGGCCUAGGGGGUGAAAGUGCAGAUAAGAAGGAUGAGGAAAAUGAGCUGGAUCAGGAAAAGAGAGUGGAGUAUGCAGUGCUCGAUGAGUUAGAAGAUUUUACUGACAAUUUGGAGCUAGAUGAAGAAGGAGCAGGCGGGUUCACGGCUAAAGCAAUCGUUCAAAGAGACAGAGUGGAUGAAGAGGCCUUGAAUUUCUCCUAUGAGGAUGACUUUGACAAUGAUGUGGAUGCUUUGCUAGAAGAAGGUCUUUGUGCUCCCAAGAAGAGACGAAUGGAGGAAAAAUAUGGCGUUGACAGUGAUCAUCCAUCUGAUGGAGAGACAAGUGUGCAGCCAAUGAUGACCAAGAUUAAAACAGUGCUCAAGAGUCGAGGCCGUCCACCUACAGAGCCAUUGCCUGAUGGAUGGAUCAUGACUUUUCAUAACUCUGGAGUCCCUGUAUACCUGCAUAGAGAGUCUCGAGUGGUCACCUGGUCCAGACCCUAUUUCUUGGGAACAGGAAGCAUACGGAAACAUGAUCCUCCUCUAAGCAGUAUCCCCUGUCUGCAUUAUAAGAAAAUGAAGGACAAUGAGGAACGGGAGCAAAACUGUGAUCUCACACCCAGUGGGGAGGUGUCACCUCUCAAGCCCCUGGGUCGAUCUGCAGAGUUGGAUUUCCCUUUGGAAGAGCCUGACUCCAUGGGUGGAGACUCAGGGUCCCUGGAUGAGAAGGACCCACUGGGGGGUGAGGCAGCCCCUGGAGCCCUGGGACAAGUGAAGGCUAAGGUUGAGGUUUGCAAAGAUGAAUCAGUUGAUCUGGAGGAAUUUCGUACCUACCUGGAGAAGCGUUUUGAUUUUGAGCAAGUAACUGUGAAAAAAUUCAGGACUUGGGCUGAGCGGCGUCAGUUUAACCGUGAGAUGAAGCGGAAGCAGGCAGAGUCAGAGAGGCCCAUCCUGCCAGCCAACCAGAAGCUCAUCACUUUAUCUGUGCAAGAUGCACCUACAAAGAAAGAAUUUGUCAUCAAUCCCAAUGGGAAGUCUGAGGUCUGCAUCCUGCACGAAUACAUGCAGCGUGUCCUCAAGGUCCGCCCUGUUUAUAAUUUCUUUGAAUGUGAGAAUCCAAGUGAGCCUUUUGGUGCCUCGGUGACCAUUGAUGGUGUGACUUACGGAUCUGGAACUGCAAGCAGCAAAAAACUUGCGAAGAAUAAAGCUGCCCGAGCCACACUGGAAAUUCUCAUCCCUGACUUUGUUAAACAGACCUCUGAGGAGAAACCCAAAGACAGUGAGGAACUGGAGUAUUUUAACCACAUCAGUAUUGAGGAUUCACGAGUCUACGAGCUGACCAGCAAGGCCGGGCUGUUGUCUCCAUAUCAGAUCCUCCAUGAGUGCCUUAAAAGAAACCAUGGAAUGGGUGACACAUCCAUCAAGUUUGAAGUGGUUCCUGGGAAAAACCAGAAGAGUGAAUAUGUCAUGGCAUGCGGCAAACACACAGUGCGCGGGUGGUGUAAGAAUAAACGAGUUGGGAAACAAUUAGCCUCUCAGAAAAUCCUUCAGCUGCUGCAUCCACAUGUCAAGAACUGGGGAUCCUUACUGCGCAUGUAUGGCCGUGAGAGCAGCAAAAUGGUGAAGCAGGAGACCUCUGACAAGAGUGUGAUAGAGCUACAGCAAUAUGCCAAGAAGAACAGGCCCAACCUUCACAUCCUGAGCAAGCUGCAAGAGGAGAUGAAGAGGCUGGCUGCAGAGCGGAUUGCCAGGGAAGCAGCAGCACAUGGGAGUCUACCCUGGCAUUCUGAGGAGACCCUCCUGGCCUGGCCCAACCCAGCCCGCUCCCUGUACCUUCCCUCCUAGCCAGGAGGAGACUCGGAAGAAGCCCAAGAUGUCAAUUGUAGCAUCUGCCCAGCCUGGUGGUGAGCCCUUGUGCACAGUGGAUGUAUGAGGUAGGCGGCAUGGGCCAACAGUGCUACCCAGGAGACCACCAGCCACACAUCACUGCAGCACCAGGCCUCCAACCUAAGUUCCUUUCCUGCGGCAGUGUCUGGGCUCUGCUCUGACACGUGGGGACAGCUGUGACCACACAGCACACGUGCAAAGAAGCAGUUCUUCUGGAAGAUGCUGUCAGUGUGACUUGAUAUAUUUAAGGAUCAGCUAUAAGUAACUGCACAAGUGGAAGCUGAUAGACAGCUGUAGAUCUUGCUUGUAUGUAUCUGCUGCCGACUGUUUUUAUGAAGGUUUUCAUGAAUUUUAGUAUACUAUAUGCACUGACAAGAAGUGAUGCUUGGUUGAUAGAUGAGAUGACCAGGUUUUAUAGCUUUGGCUGGCCUAUGAUGCCAGGUAGCCCCUUUGCCCAUGGUUCCUUCUGGUGGAGCCAGUGAGACCUGGUCAGAAGGUGCAGGUAUCCUGUCCUGUAGUUAUUACCUGCUUUGUCUGUUUCUCAUUUUCCUCUGAAAAGGUUAUAACAGAAAGGAUUAUUUCAGGCUAUUUUGGCUUAAAAUAAAACAAAAUUUUAGCACCAGAACUACUUUUCAGAGAUUGCAGUGAAGGUACUGAACUGUUAAGGUACUGAGUGUUAAUCUGGUUGGCUCUUGGGUUGCAGUCUACAUUUUUUUAUGUCUUAAUACCCUCACAGCUGUCUUCUGGAUACCUAAGCUCUCACCUUUGAUGAAUUCUAACAACAGUUUUUUACAAAGAUUUUUUGCACAAUCAAGUCCAUCUGUUCUUCAAUUUUUAAAGCUUUUAUGAUGUUUUAGAAUUUGGAAAAACUUUUACAGUGAAAAUGGAAGAUAGAUUUAGAAUCAUGCAUUUCAACAGAUGGACUUGUAUAAAUAGGAAACAGGGCCUUCAGUGCAGCCCAUCACUGACCAAGAGCUGGCAUUGCGUGUGACAAGUAGUUAUGGCUUUUCUGGAUCUCAAGUGUGGUUGCUCUGUGCAGCCAGGCCUGGUGGCAGGUUUUAGUUUUUUGUCCAUCUAUAUUCACUAUGUAGCCCCUGGAUUAGGGCAUUAAGUAGAGGUAUAUUGAGAGCCUGAGUCUUGGUCAGUGUUGGCUUACCCCAAUACCUGUUCAGAGAGACUGUACUCAUGUUCUCAGGUGUGUCUCUCAUCUGUACCUGAAGAUACAUGGAUGGCAUGUGUUGUCAGAAAAGGAUGGCAGCUAUGGGCAUCCUAACACAAUUAUUCCUCCCCAAUCACCUGUGUGAUAGCAAUUAACUUCUGUGUUAAUCUGGGCAAAAAGGACCCUCCAAAUCAAGUUGCUAGAAUUGGACACUUGAUUCCUUGUUUGCCUUCCCUUCACAGUUGUGAUUGGGCUUUUGACUGACCAUUGCCCUUCAAACAGACAGAUUUGCCUUUGAGAAAGCAGGCCUUGAACACAUGGUCAUGAUGAUCUCUCUAUAACCCCACUGGCCCAGCCAAUGUCAACAACAGGUGCUGCCACACACUCCUGGCCUCCAGUGCCCUCCCUGUCUCUUACAGGUGGGUGAGUCUUAAAUGCACAGCCAUGCUACAAUGCUGGAAGCCUGUGUGGAUGCUGGCCAUGGCUGUAGGACACACCCUGAUGGUCUGAACACAUAAAACUGUCCAAAAGGGAA